AUGCAUCUUUAUUCAUCACUCAAUUCUAUUCAAAAUUUCCAACAAAAUUCUUCAUUCAAUUUCAAUUCAAGUUACAUUCAUUCCAAUGCCAUUCCAUUACAAAAUAUACCAAUAAACCAUCCAAGUAACAAAGAGCAAAACAAUAUCAUUCUUCAUCAUCAUUACCCAUCCAUCAUUCAAGUUUCUACUCACACAAGUUUCAUUCAAGAUUCAUGGUUUAUUCUAUAUUGCAAAAUCAAGGAAAAUACUUGGAAUGUCAAAAUUACAAUUGGAAAGGAAAAGUGUGCGUUGAAUUUAAGUUUAUUGUUGGAACUCAAAGAAUUACAAAGUUUGAUCCUUAAUCCUAAUGCUAUUCUUGAUCAAUUUUCCAGAUGUAUCUUCACCCAUCUUGUUUCUUCAUGUGCCUUCAUGUUUAUGCCAAGGAAUACCUUCAAGCGGACUUGCCAUCUAUUUCCAAAGUUUGCCCUGUUCAUUCAAUUAAACCCAUAUAUAAAAUAA